UGUUCAAUUUUUAUUGUAAAUUUAUAAUAUAUAAAUACUGUGAUGAGUUCUUGUUGUGGUAAUGAAUUGAUAUUCAAUUCGGCAGUAAGCGAAGUAGUGUCAGUUAAUUGUAGGCAAAUUUUUAAUCUUAUUUAUUCAGAAAGUGGUUUAAUUAGUGGUAUCGGUGUUAUAAUUGUUGUAUGUAUAAUGUUUAUCUCCCGUUGGUACGUUAUCAAGUCGUAAACAACCUCUUCACAAAGAAAAAGUAAAAGUUAUGGAAACCAGCUGCAGACUACAGUGAUACAAGCAUAAUAUUGUUAUAAGGACACCGGUAGCGAACGCAGCGAGCGGGCAGGCGGCUCCCGCUGAACAGGGCGCCAUGAAAGGCGUUGAAGCGACCCCGGAGGAGACCGAGCGGCUGGCGACCGGCAACAACAAUGGCUCCCUCGACUGCAAGCUGCCGGCGCCGCAACAGCAGCCGCCCCGCUCCGCCUUCCACUCCACCAGGGUGUUCAUGCUGGUGUUCCUGUCGGGCUGGGUGCUGCAGGGCAUGUUCCUCACGUACUUCGUGAGCGUCACCACGACCCUGGAGAAGCUAUUCAAGGUGGACUCGAAGACGACCGGCACGUUGUUGGCAGCGACGGAGAUCGGACAGAUAUGCACGGCGCUGUUUUUGACUUACCUCGCCGGAAGAGGGCACCGGCCGCGCUGGAUCGCGUGCAUGAUGCUGGUGCUAGCGGUGGGUGUGAUCGGCUGCGUGCUGCCCCACGUGCUGUACGGGACGCGGCUGAUGGACGUCCACCUGGACGCGCACAGGGCGGGAGCGGCCCCCGUAUGCUCCAUCAACGGCAACUCCACCUUUAUGUGCGACCAGGCCCAAGUGAAGAGCUCCGCUCGGUCGUCGAUCACGGCGGUGGUGAUACCCUGGCUGUUCGUAUGCAUGCUGGUGGUGGGCGUGGGGCAGACCGGCAUCGCGACGCUGGGCAUACCGUACGUCGACGACAACGUCGGCAGCAGACAGUCGCCGCUUUAUAUGGCAAUCACAAUCGGUAUCCGAGUAAUAGGCCCAGCGCUGGGCUUUCUUCUGGGAGCGCUCUGUACGAGGGUGUAUGUGGACCCUCUGAUAACUCCAGACUACGAGUACAGCGAUCCACGAUGGGUUGGAGCGUGGUGGCUUGGCAUGGUGUUCAUAGCGGGAUUCAUCGUGGUCCUCUCGGCGCUGAUGUUCUUCUUCCCGCGUGCCAUCAAGCAGAGUCCGCUACCGCCACCGCCCAAGAAGGCCAAAGAGAAGCGGGAGCCACUCUUUAAAGACUUCUUCGCAACGAUCAAGCGGCAGCUGACCAACGACAUCCUGAUGUGGCGCACGGCGUCGUCGGUGCUGCACCUGAUGCCGAUCAGCGGGGUGUACUCGUUCCUGCCCAAGUACUUGGAGAAGCAGUUCCGGCUGCCCACGCACGACGCCAACCUUGUCUCGGGUCUGGGCGGUAUUCUGGUGAUGGGUCUGGGCAUCAUCACAUCAGGCGUCGUCAUAUUGAAGGUGGUGCCGACCGCGCGCCAGGUCGCCGCGUGGACUGCUGCCACCGCCGCCAUAUAUAGUGCUGGCAUGGUGGUGCUGAUGUUCGUGAGCUGCCCCGAGGAGAGCUACCGCGCGCUGACCCCCGGGGUCAACAACCUCAGCUGCAGCACCGGCUGCCACUGCGACAGCGCGCCCUACAGCCCCGUGUGCGGACAGGAUUCAUACACGUACGAGUCGCCGUGCCAGGCGGGCUGCCUCAACAGCUUGCAGCUCGACAACAGCACGUGGCUGUACUCCAACUGUACUUGUAUCGACGCUCGGCUGCAUGGGGAGAAGGCGUUUAACACCCUUCGCUACUAUCACGUGAACGAAUCAAAGGCGGGCGUGGCUGACUACGACAAGAGUGACGUCACACCGGGGUUCGCUGUGAGCGGCGAGUGCGGGGGCGAGUGCUCGUCGAUAUACGCCUUUAUUGCCAUAUUCGCAGCGGUCAUGUUCGUACACGCGAGCGGGGAGGUCGGCGCCGUGUUGCUUAUUAUACGGUGCACGGAUAAACAUGACAAGGCGAUGGCGAUGGGCGUGAUACAGUUCGCGAUCGGCGUGUUCGGCAACGUGCCGUGUCCGAUCGUGUUCGGUGCGGCGGUGGACGCGGCGUGCCGGCUGCGCGACGCCGCCUGCGGCUUGUUCGGCGCAUGCGCGUCGUACGACAGCGACAGAUUCAGACACUUCUACCUCGGGUUGUCUGCCGCCCUAAUGUUCCUCGCGUUCAUAAUGGAUCUACUCGUGUGGAGCAAGGCGGGGCGCAUCGACAUGAACCCGGGCGAGGCGCGCCGCUCGCCGCACGCGCGCCGCCCCUCCGACACGCAAUUGUGACCACGCCCACCAGC